AUGACAGGUGACCCAAUACUGGAUGCUGGAGGGAGUCUAGAGUACCUGUAUGCGGUCCUGGGCCCUCGAGGGAUGCUCCUUGGGGCUGCCCUCCUCAUCUGGACCCUCCACUACUUCAUGGUGCUGCAUCAGCGGCCCUACGUCUAUUUCUCGGGAACGAGGUCGACUCGAAUCUUGGAACUGUGUCCCGCUGCAACUACUUCGUACUCCCCCGCCCUCUGGUGUUUUGGUAGCGGAACACUACAGACCUUAGCUGGCACUUGGCUCCUUGGUAAUGUCGAUGAGCAUACCCCGCCGGCCCCUCCUCUACCCGGUGCCUGCCAGUACACCCGUGAGUUCAUACGGGUAACUACCCCUCCCGUUAGAGCCCUCUUCAUCAACCCUACUCAGGUCUCUACUGGUCGCACAGUGUCCCUCGACUGGUUACCGAUUGGGGACCAAAGGGCCCCUCCAGGGACCGGUCUCCGCCCACAGGAUUGCUUCGCUCUACUCAUUAUCCUCAACCACGGCAUUGGCGGAGCUCUGGUCAAUGGUUGCAUAAUAGAGACCAUCCAAUACGCUCAAUCCCUGGGCUUUGCCUGUGUAGUAGUGAACCUACCUGGUGCCGGGGGUACUGUCGCCCCCUUGCCCGCCAAGGGUGGUGAUGGUAGCCUCACGCCAUGUGCCAGUGUACUGCGUCCAUCAUUCAGAAGGGAGGUGGCUGAGGCAAUGGAUGCCAUCGACAGGCGACUUAAGAAUUGGGAUCAACUGCAACAGCAGCAACAGCAGACUGCCACACCACCCCCGGGGUCCUCAGACCCACGCUCAUCCCCAGCAGUAACGCCUCGGCCAAUGGGGUCAGCCUCGACAUCAGUGUCGCUACCUAAGGGCCUCAUUGCCUUUUCUGCUGGAGGCCUGCAUGCCCUAGAUUACUUGGCACACUUUACCCCUCGGUCCUCGUCGACUCCUGACCAACAGGCCGCCGAGGGUGGUCCUGAUGACCACGGUAGUGCUGGCACUUGUUCGGUGGCUGCUGCUGGUAUUGGAGCCUGUGCCUUUGGUCACGUACCGUUAAAACCAGAGAAGUGGGCCGCCGACUCGAGUAGUGCUAAACGAGACUUCUUAGCUCGCUGUAAAGUCCAACUUCGGCAAUGUUGUGCUGCUGGUGAUUCUGAUCUAGAACAGUGCCAAGCAGCGAUGAAAGCGGAGACCCUCCUCGAAUUCGAGACUGCCAUGUUGCCACUGACGGGCCCGUCUGUCGGACCCUUCAAGCCCUACGACAGUAUAUCAUCCCUCACCAUCCCUGUGUGUCUGUACUUCUCCCGGGACGAUCCUACUAUAGACUUCGAUUCGGAUGUUGACCUGCUACAACUCGCUGUGAAGGGCCGAGAGCAUUUAGUGACAGCAGUGACCGAGACUGGUGGCCACUGUGGGGGCUUCACGACCAGCUCAUUGUUCCGUUCUCGGAAGCCUUCUUCCAAGCGGGAUAGUCUUGGCUCUGGAGUGCGAUAUCCCAUCACCUUCAUGGUGGACUUCAUUGCUGCUAGCCUGCGGCCAGUACUACUAUAA